GGCACCUCGACGCGGCCGCCGCCCGCCCGAGGGCCCUCUGUGCGCCUGCGCACUCGCGCUCCCGCCCUCUCGCUGUGCCCGGCCGAGUCCGUCAGUCUGUCGGAGCCCGUCCUCGCAGCAGCCGGAGCGAAAGGACUUCGCAGAGCCCCCCGUCCUAUCAUUUUCUUUCCCCGCCCUCUCUCCCGCCCCACAUCUCUCUUCACCCCGCUCUCGCCCUCGCAGCCAUGGCGGACCUGUCGGCGGCCACUCAGUCCCCGUCAGUCUCCUCGACGUCCUCCGGGGCCGAGCCCUCCGCGCCCGGCGGGGCCGGGAGCCCGGGAGCCUGCCCCGCCCUGGGGACGAAGAGCUGCGGCUCCUCCUGUGCGGAUUCCUUUGUUUCUUCCUCUUCCUCUCAGCCUGUAUCUCUAUUUCCGACCUCACAAGAGGGUCUCAGCUCUGAUGAGCCACCUUCAGAAAUUAGGACUUCCUCCUUUUUUGCAUCUUCUGAAAUACAUAACACUGACCGUACAAUACUCCAUGGAGAGCAAAGCAAAGAGUUAGGCAGCCAGCCUAUUUUAGCCAAAGAAGGAAAAGGAAAGGACUGCUUGGCUCUUCUAGAUGUGAAAACGAUGGAAAAGCCUCAGGGGACCAGUAAAGACGGAGCCAACUCCCCAGUUUCUGUUGCAGAAGGAGGUCACUGUAACCAUCCUUCCAUCCCAGCCAGUUUCCCAGAUCGUCCUGCUUUUCUCUCGGAGAAAGUUGUUCAGAUGGAAGAGCAAAUAAAUAAAAAUCAAGAGUCCAAGAACGUAAAUGAGAUACCAAGUAGGGAUGACAAAACUGCCUUGGAUGCUGAUGACAAGUUCAUUUUGCUAACUGCCCAGAAACCACCCACUGAGCAGUCUAAGGCAGAAGGCAUUUGUAUGAACUCCUUGUCCCCGUGCAAAGUUGCAGGAGGUGGUGUUAUAGAAAAGGAUUCCCCUGAAUCACCAUUUGAAGUAAUUAUUGACAAAGCAGCAUUUGACAAAGAAUUUAAAGAUGCAUAUAAGGAGAGCACAAAUGAUUUUGGUAGUUGGGCAAUGCACACUGAUAGAGAAUCAUCUGCAGACAUUUCAGAGUCUAAUGACAAAGUAUUUCCACUAAGAAAUAAAGAGGCAGGGUGUUACCCAACCUCUGCAUUGCUCACUAGACAGUUUUCACACACAACUGCAGCACUGGAAGAGGUGUCUCGAUGUGUGAGUGAUAUGCAUAACUUCACUAAUGAGAUACUGACUUGGGAUUUGGUUCCCCAAGUGAAACAGCAGAGCGAUAAAUCUGACUACAUCACCAAAACUACAGGACUUGACAUGAGUGAAUAUAAUUCAAAAAUUCCAGUUAUAAAUCUUAACACUAACACGCAUCAGAAAACUUCUGUGUGUUCUAUUAAUGGGAGCACUCCCAUCAGUAAAUCAACAGGUGACGGGGCAGAAUCCUCUCUCUCACAAGAAAAUGCUGUCAUUAGAAAACCUGUACCCGGCGCUCUCAAUUCCAUGGCAGACGUCAGUAGUAAAGGUGUGCGAGGCAAUGUGCAGAAACAAGAUGACACACUUUCAGCGUUACCUGUGUCUCCGUUUGAGAAAUGUGUCUCUUUGGGUUCUGGAGGGGCCACAGUGAAAGUGCUUUUACCUGAUGGCCACCUGAAAGGCGAAAUGAACUGGCAGAGCUCUGUGUUGGGAGAAGGGACAGAGGCUGAUAGUUCUGGUGAGUCUGAUGACACAGUAAUAGAAGACAUCACAGCCGAUGUUUCAUUUGAAAGUAGCAAAAUUCAGACUGAAAAACCUGUCUCCACUUCAAGUGCUAUUGUAAAAGCAGAUGAAAGAGAAGUCAAAGAAAUUCUCAAUUAUAAUAGGGAAACCAAAACAUCUGAAACCUUUGAAGGGUCUGUCAAUGACUCUGAGCCAAAAGGUCAGCCUGAUAUUCUUAAAAGGAGUCCAGCCAGUAUGGUGGCAUGUUCCCAAGUACAUGAUAUGAUUGUCAUGUCAGGAGAUGUGAAGCAGUCAGACAGAAUGAGUGAAACUACUCCUGCUGAAAAGGUUGUUAUAACUGAGGACCCAAAACUUCCUUCAGCAGCAUCUUCAAAUCAUUUUAAUGAGACUGAAUUCUCACUAAAUGUGACAGCCUCUCCCUAUUUGGAGUCAUUACAUGAAAAAAAUAUUACAGAUACAGAUGAUUCUUCCCCAGAGGACCUGAUAGCAGCCUUUACAGAAACCAGGGAGAAAGGAAUAGUAGAUAAAGAUAAAGGAAAUGUAUUUGAAGCAACAUCAGAGAAGACUAUGGAUUUCAGAACAACUCUUCCUGUGGAAGUCUUGCAUGAAAGUGAGUCCGGUGGUUCUGAAAUUAAAGACCCAAAAAGCAAAUACUCUCAACAAAACAAGCAAGCAAGUGGGAGUGAGCUCUUGGAUGUUUUCCCCACCCACAGCACUUCAGUAGCAUCUCUCGACUGGGAACAGGAACAGCUCACAAUCAGAGCCCUUAAAGAACUGAGUGAAAGGCAGGGUGAGAAGUUACCAGAUAAAAUAGAGUCUCCUUCUGAAGAAAUACUCAAGCAGACUUUCACAUUUGCUCCCGAAUAUUCUCAGCCACAGAGAUCGCAUGAUGUCCUAGAACACGCCGAUGUCAAAACUGGAUCUGACCUUGGGAUUUCUGAAAAGCCCACUGUUAUCAAAGAAACUACUAGCAUAGAUUUUAUUUCCAGCCUUAACAAGACUGAACUGGUAAACAAGCAUGUCCUAGCAAGACUUCUGACACACUUUUCAGUGCACGAUCUGAUCUUCUGGCGAGAUGUGAAGAAGACUGGGUUUGUCUUCGGCACCACGCUGAUCGUGCUGCUUUCCCUGGCAGCUUUCAGUGUCAUCAGUGUGGUUUCUUACCUCAUCCUGGCUCUUCUCUCUGUCACCAUCAGCUUCAGGGUCUACAGGUCUGUCAUCCAAGCUGUGCAGAAGUCAGAAGAAGGACAUCCAUUCAAAUCCUACCUGGAUGUAGACAUCACUCUGUCCUCAGAAGCUUUCCACAACUAUGUGAACGCUGCCAUGGCGCACGUCAACCGGGCCCUGAAGCUCGUUAUCCGUCUCUUUCUGGUGGAAGAUCUAGUUGACUCCUUGAAGCUGGCUGUCUUCAUGUGGCUGAUGACCUAUGUUGGUGCCGUUUUCAAUGGGAUCACCCUUCUGAUUCUUGCUGAACUGCUCAUUUUCAGUGUUCCAAUUGUCUAUGAGAAGUACAAGACCCAGAUUGAUCACUAUGUUGGCAUCGUGCGUGAUCAGACCAAGUCGAUUGUUGAGAAGAUCCAAGCAAAACUACCUGGAAUCGCAAAGAAAAAGGCAGAAUAAGUACAUGGAAACCAGAAAUGCCACAGUUACUAAAACAUUUAAUAGUUAUACUGUUGUUACUUGUACUAUGAAGGAAAGUGCUCAGUGUCAGCUUGAGCCUGCAUUCCAAGCUUUUUUUUUUUUCAAUUUGGUGUUUCCCCCUCCUUUCCUUUACCUGCAGAAUCAAGCACAAGAAUUAUUGGACUAAAAAAUGGACUGAUAUCUUAAAACAUAAAAGAAUAAAGACAGAAUCAAUUGAAUAGGCGAAAUCAA